CUCCACGCUCACAACACCCACCUUUCGGCCUCGUUUACUAUCAGCACCGCAGCAAGAUUGCAUAGAUCUUUUCUCAAAAAAGAGAAAAGAAAGAUUGCAUAGAUUAUUACCAGCAAUGUGUGGCGGUGCGAUCAUCCCCGACUGCAUCCCGGAGCACGACCACCACCGCACAGCCGACUUCUGGCCGCUCGCCUCGGACGCCGGGCACGAGCUCUACCCGGCUGGCCUGAGCCUGACCGGCGCGUGCAAGUUCCCACACUACCAAGAGCCCGCGGAGCCGAGCAGGAGGCGGGAGGGCAGUAACAACAAGCGGGAGAGGAAGACGGCGUACCGCGGCAUCCGGCGCCGGCCGUGGGGGAAAUGGGCGGCGGAGAUCCGGGACCCCGGCAAGGGCGCGCGGGUGUGGCUCGGCACCUUCGCCGACGCCGAGGCUGCCGCAAGGGCCUAUGACCGCGCCGCGCGCCGUAUCCGGGGGGCCAAGGCCAAGGUCAACUUCCCCAACGAGGACCCGCCCCCCGGCGACGAGGUCCCCGUCCACCGCGGCACGGCGAUGGCACCCUUGCCCUGGUACUACGACGACGGUGACGGUGUGUCGGGCCUCUGCCGCCAUCCAUAUGACGUCGCCGGCAACGACGUCGUCACGGCGGAUGAGGGGCCGGCGGCGGCGGCUGCCUACGUGCACCACCAGAUGCCGCCACAGCAUCAGCAGCAACAGGAGGCUGGGUUGGAGCUCUGGAGCUUCGAUGACAACAUCAACAUGGCCGUGUCUAUGUAAUUAGUGGUGAAAUGAUCGACUUGAAGAUGUCCUUUCCAUAUGGUUUGGUUUUUGUAAGACCCUCGAAGUUCUUUUUUCGAAGAUGAAUACCCAAUAAAUAAAUUUGUAGUGCUUCACGGUUG